AACUUAUGAAGUGACACCGGCCGCAGCGGAGGAUCCGUUCCGUGCCGAGCCGGGCCGGGCCGCAGGGAACCGGACCAAGCGCUGAAGCUGGCAGGCGUAGAUAGAGGCAGCGAGCAUGGAUGAGCCGGGGAGCAGGAACAGCAGCCUGCAGAGGAAGAAGCCACCGUGGCUCAAACUGGACAUCCCCACCAUCCAGCUCACACCAGAUGACUCGUCCCCCCAACUCCAGCCAGUCAAGCGCCUGCGCAGUGUCAGCAUGCCGGGGGAAAACCCUCAGACCCGCAUCGCUGUCCUGGAGACUUCAAACAACUACCUCAGACCUCCUCUGCAGAGACAGCCGUCCAUCACACAGUCUAUCAAGAGGGGUACGGCCGACUGGUUUGGCGUGAGCAAAGACAGCGACAGCACCCAGCGAUGGAGGAGGAAGAGCCUGCAGCACUGCAGCCAUCUGUACGGAGGCCUGAAGGCUCAGGUGAUGAGGGAAAUGGAGCUCCACAGCCAGGACAACCUCUCCCUGGCCAGCACUGAGACCCCUCCUCCCCUCUACCUCCCUCCCCUCCACCCCAGUCACCACCACUAUGGCAUGCAGAGGAUCGUAGACCCCCUGGCCCGGGGUCGUGCCUUCCGCAUGGUGGAAGAGGUGGACGGCUUCAGUGUCCCACAAACUCCCCUCACACCCGGCACCGCCUCCCUCUGCUCCUUCUCGAGCUCCCGCUCCGCCCUCAACCGGCUGCCGCGAAGACGCAAACGGGAAUCUGUUGCUGUCAUGAGUCUCAAAGCUGCUGCAGCACUUAUUCAGGGCCGGACGUUAGGAGACGGCACCGCCGGGCGACAUCGACGCCGGAGUUUCAUGCUUCCUAGUUUCUAUGAAGACGACACCGUGGACCUUUCUGAUGAUCUGGACACUUCCUUCUUCACCAGAGACGGUCUGCAUGACGAGCUGUCCACUUAUGCAGAUGAGGUUUUCGAAUCACCGUCAGAGGCUGACCUCAAAUAUGCGGAUGAGAGCGAGCUCACAGGAAGUGCCCUGGAUAAGAAUGAACUGGAGAUGAGUCACCUCAUGCUGCCUUUGGAGCGAGGAUGGCGCAAAGCAAAAGACGUCUCUCUGGUCCAGCCCAAAAUGCGUCUCAAACAGGAAGUGGUUAGUGUCAACAGCCAACAGCAGCGCGGACAACGGAUCGUGAUUCCGGUUAAGAAGCUGUUUGCCCGAGAGAAGAGGCCUUACGGGCUCGGCAUGGUUGGACGUCUCACAAACCGGACGUACCGCAAGCGCAUUGACAGCUUUAUCAAGAGGCAGAUCGAAGACAUGGAUGAUCACAGGCCUUUCUUCACCUACUGGAUCACAUUCGUCCACUUGCUCAUCACCAUUCUGGCAGUUACUAUCUACGGCAUCGCCCCUGUGGGCGUCUCACAACAUGAAACUAUUGAUUCUGUGUUGAGGAACAAAGGAGUUUAUGAAAGUGUGAAGUUUGUGCAACAAGAAAACUUCUGGGUGGGACCGAGCUCUGAGGCGCUGAUCCACCUGGGAGCCAAGUUUUCCCCGUGCAUGCGUCGGGACGAAGAGAUCCAGAUACUGAUGCAGGAAAAGAGAGCGAGCGAGAGAGAGUCUGGCUGCUGCGUGAGGAACGACCGCUCCGGCUGCCUGCAGACGUUACAGGAGGAUUGUACGAGCACCCUGGCCGUGUGGGUGAAGUGGCCUCAGCACCCGAGUGCUCCCUAUCUGAAGGGUGAGCUUCGUCAGCAUGGUGCAGUCUGCCACCAGGACCCCAGAAUUUGUCUGGAGCCAGCCUCAGUUUCACCUCAUGAGUGGCCUGAUGACAUCACCAAGUGGCCAGUCUGCACAAGGUACAACUCUGGGAAUCACACCAACCUCCCCCACAUAGACUGCACCAUCACAGGCCGGCCCUGCUGCAUCGGAACCAAAGGACGGUGUGAAAUCACUUCCAGAGAGUAUUGUGACUUUAUGCACGGCUACUUCCAUGGAGAGGCUACUCUCUGCUCACAGGUGGCGUGUAUGGAUGAUGUGUGUGGUUUGCUGCCUUUUCUCAACCCAGAGAUCCCAGACCAGUUUUCCCGACUCUGGCUGUCUCUCUUUCUUCAUGCAGGGAUCCUGCACUGCCUGGUGUCAGUGUUGUUCCAGAUGACGGUGCUGAGGGACAUAGAGAAGCUGGCUGGCUGGCUGAGAAUCUCCAUCAUCUACAUGCUCAGCGGCAUCACUGGAAACUUGGCCUCAGCCAUCUUCCUGCCUUACAGAGCAGAGGUGGGUCCGGCAGGCAGCCAGUUCGGUAUCCUGGCCUGCCUGUUCGUGGAGCUGUUUCAGAGCUGGCAGAUCCUCGAGCGACCCUGGUGGGCGUUUGCCAAGCUGGUGGCCAUCUCGGUCUUCUUCUUCUCCUUCGGUUUGCUGCCGUGGAUCGACAACUUUGCGCACAUCUGCGGCUUCAUAUCGGGAUUCUUCCUGUCCUUCGCCUUCCUGCCGUACAUCAGUUUUGGGCCUUCUGACAUGUACCGCAAACGGGUCCAGAUCUGCAUCUUCUUGCUGGUCUUCUUCGCCCUGCUCGCCGCCUUGGCCGUUCUCUUCUACGUCUACCCCGUCAAGUGCGACUGGUGCGAGUACCUCACCUGCAUCCCCAUCACUAACAAGUUCUGCGAUAAGUACGACCUGAACGCCCACCCCCUCUGAACCACAUGGGUGUUUCCUACACGAAUAUUCAUGCACAUGGGAGUGAAACAGGACUGAAAAAGACUAACGGUUGACUAAUGUGUGACUGAUCUCUAGCUGGGCUAAUCACUGACCAGUCACACAUAGAGGGGAUGGGAGGGGUAAUACAGGCGACUGAUCCUUGCCAAAUAAUGUACCUCUCUUCUUACGGGACUCAACAGCACCCCUCAGUGGCCAAAAGGAACCUCCCACCCUGCCUUCUUCUGCAGAGGAGGAGCUGAGGAGAUUUGUUUUGUACUUUGUUUUACUGUCCUAACAGUUUAAUCCAUUUAUUGGAUUUUCUUAGAGUUAAAACUCGCCAGUAAAUGUGACUCUGACUGUGCCUUAUUGACACACAAUCACACACACAAACGUUGUUUUGUGCCAUGUGUCAGUUUGUGUCAGCGGUUUCUGGCAUUACAGGUCGUUAUUAAUGUAGCUUUGUCUAAACAGUUUUUCACAAUCUGACAAAAUCCCGUAAAAUAUGUGUUGACACAGCCUUUAAUGCACUUCUGUCACGGAUGGACUGUUUUUUUAUAUUCACCCUGUGUCUCAAUAGCCUGUGCAGAGGGGAAUUUGUGAUGUUUGUUUUUUAAGUUGAAAGUGGUUGCGUUUUAGCUACCGGACAAUAAAGAC